AUGAUGGCAUCGAAAUGGCUAAAAAUGUCAUUUGUAUUUUACUUGAUUUUUCAUACCAUUGAAUCUGACGAAUCUCUCGUACACUGUUGGCGUUGUGAAGUCACAAUUCAAUCGGCUGACGCUUUUCGCGAUGAUUGUGGUGCCGAUUUUGAUUUUACGCAACAUACACGAGAAGAUUGCACUGGCAAAUGCUGGAAAUCAGUUGAUUUAAUCGAUAGGCAACAAUAUGAAAAUAAAACCGAUGAUCGACCAUUAAUAAAAUAUAGAAGUCGAUCAAAACUUAAAUCAAGUCGCCGAUGUUUUUCCGCCAAUGAACUUAUACAAGCUGCUGAAUUAGGAAUCAAUACAUCGGACGGAUGUCGUCAAGUAAAAAGAGAUGAUCAAAAAGUGAAAGAGAUUUGCUUUUGUUCUGAUCAAGAUCUGUGUAACAAUGCAUGUAAAUCCACCAAUUACGUUUUUCUUCUAUUUAGUUCGUUUUUUGUUUUGUAUUUUAAAAAGUUGUCUGCAAGUAGUGGAUGCAAUGAAAACUUCAAAUAG